AAGUGCCACAAUUGAAAAAAACCAACUACAAAAACCCAUCCUUCCUCCUUCUCCAUCACCUCCUCUUGAUUUCAAAACUCUCUAACAUCACUCAAAAACACUUUCUCAGAAAAACAAAACAUUUGUUUCCCUAACAUGGCCAGACCACAACAGCGUUACCGCGGCGUCCGACAAAGGCAUUGGGGCUCUUGGGUCUCCGAAAUCCGCCACCCCAUUCUAAAAACAAGAAUCUGGCUCGGAACUUUCGAAACAGCCGAGGAUGCCGCACGAGCCUACGACGAAGCAGCGAGACUAAUGUGCGGAACAAGAGCAAGAACAAAUUUCCCUUACAAUCCAAACGUGUCUCAAUCAUCAUCUUCCAAGCUUCUCUCAGCAACUUUAACUGCUAAACUCCACAGAUGCUACAUUGCUUCAUUGCAAAUCACUCGACCAGUAUCUCAUCAACAACAACCUCAGAGAGAAUCUGCAGAAUCUCUCACCAUUUCCACAAACAAUGUUCCUGUGAAAAACAGUGAGGAAUCUGACACUCACACUACUAUGAGACAUGAUGAAGAGGAGAAAAACUCAGAGGGAAAUUGGGUUUUCAAGAAAGUUAAAGUUGAAAAUUCUCAGCAAUUUUUCAAGCCUCUUGAAGAAGAUCACAUUGAACAAAUGAUUGAGGAGUUGCUUCAUUAUGGAUCAAUUGAGCUUUGUUCUGUUAUUCCACCACAGUCUCAUUGACUUUUGAGUACUACUAUUUCACAUUCUUGUUAAGCUAAUUUUAACUAAAUUAAUAUUAUUAAUGCUUAGCUAGUGUUCAUGUUUGGUCCUAGAUUAUUUAUCUAAGUGACCUAUUGGACAAUGUUGUUAUUAUUAUUAUGGUUAUGUACAUUCAAUUAUGUUGUCAUGUUUAUGAGAUUAUGUUUCUUGGCU